CAAGCACUCAGUCUCGAUUUUUAUUCGGUUCAUUAAAGAACUCUAUUUGCAUCAUUUAAACAAACAGGAAUCAGAAUGAAGUUCCUUUUGGUAGCAGUCCUCUUCCUUGCCUUCGUAGCAAGCUCUUUUGCGUUUAAGAAUGCGGCCUGUGGAGAACAAUUUGCCAAUAUUGGCGUUGGAAGAGGUUUCUUCCCAAGUUGGUCCUACGACAAGAAUACCAACAAAUGUCUUCCGUUUAUCUAUGGCGGAGUUGGAGGAAAUUCAAAUUCAUUCCUUUCGGAAGAUAAAUGUGUCGACACAUGUGUUGAAUAGUUUAUUCCAAAUAUCACUUUAUUAAUCAACAUUUUAAACCAACAUACAUAUAUUCUUAAAUACAAAAUGGAAUAUCUAUAA